CAGGUGGCAGAGGGAGAGGCUUAGUGAGUGAAGUUCCAAGAAAAGAUAGGCAGAAGUAGAAAGAAGAGUUUAAGAAAACCGUCAAGGCCAUGACCACUAGAUUUCUGUGGAGGGCCCUGAGCCUGCUGGCCCUACUCUGCACCAUCUCACGCUUCAGCUUCGCUGACAACCACCUGGGCCCUUCAGCUCCAGAGCAGGGAGUCACCUUCAGCCAUGUCUAUAAAAUCGACAUCCCAGGGAGCACCAGUUGUAAACUAGAGCGCCUGCCAAUCCAGGACCAAGCAGGUCUGCAGACAGAAACCACUACGAAUGGAGAAAAUGACAUCACCUUCAGACACAAUCUCAUGCUGCAAAUGCCCAAGUGUGACUGUGAGGAGUCGGAAGAUUUCAAGUCUCUCUUGUACAGAGUUAAUGGGUUGGAAGAAGAAGUCAACUACCUGAAGACCCAGUGUGCUCAGGGAUGUUGUGGAAGAGGUGGCGCUGCAGGUGUGGACACAAGCUGUAGUGGUCAUGGUACCUACCAACACGACACCUGCAGCUGCCUCUGUAACCCCGGAUGGGAAGGCCCAGAUUGCUCGGUGUCCUCCUGCCCCGACGAAUGCAAUGACAAUGGCCGUUGUGUGGAUGGGAAGUGUGUUUGCCAUCAGGGCUACACAGGAGACGACUGCAGCCAGCUGAUGUGUCCAGACAACUGCAAUGACAAGGGACACUGCGUGAAUGGAAAAUGUGUGUGCUUCCCACACUUCACUGGCGAGGACUGCAGCAUCCAGAAGUGUCCCAAUGACUGCAUUGGUAACGGCCGCUGUGUGGAUGGCCAGUGCAUCUGUGAUGAAGGCUUUUAUGGGGAGGAUUGUUCAUUAGUCUUCAGUCCUCAGGGUCUGCGGCUGGUCCGGCUGACUGACGUCUCUCUCCUGGUUGAGUGGGAGUCUGUUCGUGGGGCAGAGUAUUACAUUCUGACAUAUCAGCCAAAAGAUGGAGGGAGUGGACUGCAGCAGGUUCGGGUUCCCAACACAGAUAACUCAUACCUCAUAACAGGACUGAUUCCUGGGGUCACCUACAUUGUCAAGAUACACGCUGUCAUCAAAGAAAUCCAAAGUGAAGCAGACAAGAUUGAGGCUACCACAGAUGUAUCCGCUAUUGAUAAUAUCCGAGUUCUUGGCCAGACAGAAGUCUCUAUCCAGGUGGACUGGAAGAACCCGCAAGCUGAAGUGGAUCACUUCAGGCUUACUCACACUGACCCAGCAGGACAGGAGGAAGAGCUGAACAUACAGAAGAGCCAAGAGGCAAGAACCAAACACACUAUUGUGGGUCUAUAUCCAGGAACAGAGUACGUGAUCUCAGUGCAGGCCAUCAAAGGAACCACUGAGGGAAAAUCUUCCUCUGUCACGGGUGUCACAGACAUCGAUGCUCCUACAAACCUUGUCACCACUGAGGUAACAGAGGACACUGCAACCGUUUCAUGGGAUCGAGUCCAGGCAGAAAUAGAGGGCUAUAUACUGAGCUACACCACUGCUGAGGGCUCCAGUGUCGAGAUCCCUGUAGGACGUGACAGCACCUCUUACAGGCUGGUUGGCUUGAGGCCUGGAGUUCUCCACACUGUCUACAUCUGGGCCUACAAGGGAGAAAAAGUCAGCAGGAAGAGUUCAACAGAAGCUGAAACAGAGCUGGACGCUCCUAGUAACGUCACGGCGCAAGAUGAAACAGAGACCAGCUUCAGCGUGUCUUGGGAUCACGCGCAGGCCGAAAUUGAUGGCUACCUCCUAACCUACAGCUCUUCUGAGGGCUCGGGUGAGGAAAUCCAAGUUGGGCCUGACAGCACCUCUUACAUGCUGACUGGCCUGAAGCCUGGGGUCCUCUACACUGUCUACAUCUGGUCCAUCAAGGGAAACAAAGCCAGCAGGAAGAUCUCGACACAAGCUCAGACAGAACUGGAUGCUCCUGCUAACCUCUUAGCCCGAGAUGAAACAGAGUCCAGCUUCAGUGUGACAUGGGAUCGUGCCCAAGCAGAAAUUGAUGGCUACAUCCUAACCUACAACUCCUCUGAGGGCUCUAGUGUGGAAAUCCCUCUGGGCCCAGAUAGCACCUCUUACAGUCUGACUGGCCUGAGGCCUGGGCUCCUCUACACUGUCUACAUAUGGGCCAUCAAGGGAAGCAAAGUCAGCAAGAAGAUCUCAACACAAGCUCAGACAGAACUGGAUGCUCCUGCUAACCUCUUAGCCCGAGAUGAAACAGAGUCCAGCUUCAGCGUGUCAUGGGAUCGUGUCCAGGCAGAAAUUGAUGGCUACGUCCUAACCUACAGCUCCUCUGAGGGCUCUAGUGGGGAAAUCCCUCUGGGCCCAGAUAGCACCUCUUACAGUCUGACUGGCCUGAGGCCUGGGGUCCUCUACACUGUCUACAUCUGGGCCAUCAAGGGAAACAAAGUCAGCAAGAAGAUCUCGACACAAGCUGAGACAGAACUGGAUGCUCCUGCUAACCUCUUAGCCCGAGAUGAAACAGAGACCAGCUUCAGUGUGUCAUGGGAUCGUGUCCAGGCAGAAAUUGAUGGCUACGUCCUAACCUACACCUCCUCUGAGGGCUCUAGUGGGGAAAUCCCUCUGGGCCCAGAUAGCACCUCUUACAGUCUGACUGGCCUGAGGCCUGGCCUUCUCUACACUGUCUACAUCUGGGCCAUCAAGGGAAACAAAGUCAGCAGGAAGAUCUCGACACAAGCUGAGACAGAACUGGAUGCUCCUGCUAACCUCUUAGCCCGAGAUGAAACAGAGUCCAGCUUCAGCGUGUCAUGGGAUCGUGUCCAGGCAGAAAUUGAUGGCUACAUCCUAACCUACAGCUCUUCUGAGGGCUCUAGUGGGGAAAUCCCUCUGGGCCCAGAUAGCACCUCUUACAGUCUGACUGGCCUGAGGCCUGGGGUCCUCUACACUGUCUACAUCUGGGCCAUCAAGGGAAACAAAGUCAGCAGGAAGAUCUCGACACAAGCUGAGACAGAACUGGAUGCUCCUGCUAACCUCUUAGCCCGAGAUGAAACAGAGACCAGCUUCAGCGUAUCAUGGGAUCGUGUCCGGGCAGAAAUUGAUGGCUAUGUCCUAACCUACACCUCCUCUGAGGGCUCUAGUGGGGAAAUCCCUCUGGGCCCAGAUAGCACCUCUUACAGUCUGACUGGCCUGAGGCCUGGAGUCCUCUACACCGUCUACGUCUGGGCCGUCAAGGGAAUCAAAGCCAGCAGGAGGAUCUCGACACAAGCUGAGACAGAACUGGAUGCUCCUGCUAACCUCUUAGCCCGAGAUGAAACAGAGUCCAGCUUCAGCGUGUCAUGGGAUCGGGUCCAGGCAGAAAUUGAUGGCUACGUCCUAACCUACAGCUCCUCUGAGGGCUCUAGUGGGGAAAUCCCAGUUGGGCCUGACAGCACCUCUUACAGUCUGACUGGCUUGAGGCCUGGAGUCCUCUACACUGUCUACGUCUGGGCCAUCAAGGGAAACAAAUCCACCAGGAAGAUUUCAACAGAAGCUGAGACAGAUAUUGAUGCCCCGAGGGACCUGAAGGCCACAGAUGUGACGCUGGAGUCUGCUUUUUUGACCUGGAUCCCUCCUCUGGCUGACAUUGAUGGGUACAUCCUCACCUACAGAGAUGAGGAUAGCACCAUGGAGGCUGUUGAAAAGCAGCUCGGAGCUGGCGAGAGCAGUUUUGCUGUAUCCAGUCUGGAGAUGGGCAAGAGAUACAUCGUCACCAUCAUUGCUUACAGGGGGAGCAAGAGGAGCAGGGUGGUAGAGACCAUCUUCAGAACAGUUGGUCUUUUGUACCCCUUCCCCAUGGACUGCAUUCAGAUCAUGAAGAAUGGCAAUAAGAAGAGUGGCAUCUACACUGUCUAUAUCAACAAUGACCGCUCCAAACCAAUAGAAGUCUACUGCGACAUGGACACUGAUGGAGGCGGCUGGCUGAUGCUGCAGCGCCGUACCACUGGCAAGCUGGACUUUAUGAAACGCUGGAGACAGUACAUUGCAGGUUUUGGCAACAUGACAGACGAGUUCUGGAUUGGUCUGGAUAAGAUAUAUGAGCUCACCAACACUCCCACCCAGUAUGAGUUGAGGUUUGACUUGGGCCUUGGCUCAGAGAGGGUGUACGCUGUGUACGACAACUUUAAGAUCGCCCCAGUCAAGCAGAAGUUCAAGCUCACUAUUGGCAAAUACAGCGGGACAGCAGGUGAUGCAAUGACGUACCAUCAAGGUCGACCCUGGACAACUGUUGAUUCAGAUAAUGACAUCGCCCUGGGUAACUGUGCCCUGACCCACCGUGGCGCCUGGUGGUACAAAAACUGUCACCUGGCCAACCUCAACGGCAAAUGGGGUGACAACAGGCACAGUAUGGGAGUGAACUGGGAACCAUGGAAGGGCCACCUGACAUCCCUCGAUUUCACAGAGAUGAAGAUCCGACCUCUGGGAGCCAUGUCCAGCCGGAAAAGACGAUCGUUGAUGGCCAGAGAGAAGAACAGAAACAAAAUCCUCCAAAAGAAAUAGAAGGGCACCUUCUACUUAAACCACACCAGCCGUCUUCUGCCGUAUCAACCUGCCAUCAUGUUAGAUUUAGGUUUAUGUCUUCAUAUUCGUGCAGUUGAAAGAGUUCAGUGUGGAUCACCUAUAACCACCCAUGAAUUCCCACCGUUCUACAUGCCUAAGUGCCUCAAGUCUAGGACAAUAUUUACACUUUUUGGGCAAAGAGAGAAUUGCUCAAAAGCAAUAGUAACUUAUUAGCUGUUUGUCUACAAUGAGAUUCACCAGUAAUUCCUAGGUUUAGUGUGAUUGUGGGAAAGCGGCAAAUAGGAAGCUGCCUUGGAGUUGUUUUGAAGUGAACUGAAGUUGAACAUUAAGUUGAGUUUAGUGUAUCAGUUAUAAUGUCAUUGUAAUAAAACAAAAACUCAUGUUUCACAGAUUUUGGUAGAAAGCU